UCCCAGGACCCAGCUGAGGGGAACUAAGAGCCUGGCAGAGCGGCACACUUCUGCUUCACUUGCAGGCCCCACCCAGCCCGAGGGUCCCUCCUUUCCCUCCCCUCCCCGCCUCCCCAAGUGUCUGCAAGGUCGCUGGCCCCAGAGGAAAUGCCUUCUCUCGGCUGGGGGAUGAGGACCGGGGUUUGGACUCUGGGCUUCCUGCUGCUUCUCCAGGCCAGCUCUGCCAAGGACGUCUGGAAGCGGGCACUGCCCGCCAGGCUGGCCGAGAAGCCCCACGCGGAGGAGGGUGGUGCCUCCGGCCCCCGGCAGCCUCGCGCCGACCGCUGCCCGCCGCCCCCGCGGACGCUGCCCCCCGGCGCCUGCCAGGCCGCCCGCUGCCAGGCGGACUCCGAGUGCCCGCGGCACCGGCGCUGCUGCUACAACGGCUGCGCCUACGCCUGCCUGGAGGCCGUGCCGCCGCCGCCAGUUUUAGACUGGCUGGUGCAGCCAAAACCCCGAUGGCUUGGUGGUAACGGUUGGCUACUGGACGGCCCUGAGGAGGUGUUGCAAGCAGAGGCAUGCAGCACCACUGAGGAUGGGGCAGAGCCGCUACUCUGUCCCUCAGGCUAUGAGUGCCACAUUCUCAGCCCUGGCGAUGUGGCCGAGGGCAUCCCCAACCGAGGGCAGUGCGUCAAGCAGCGCCGGCAGGCAGAUGGGCGGUUCCUGAGACCCAGGUUUUACAAAGAAUAUCCAGACGGUGACUCAAAGAAUGUGGCAGAACCUGGAAAGGGACAACAGAGGCCCUUUCAAUAAAGCAACAGCAGACAGCCCGUGUGUAAUAACAUCCACCAUUCUCUGCUAAGCCUUGGAAACACUCAAGAAAACAGUUUGGCCCCCCGGAGGUCACACCCGGCUCUGUGGACAGAGCUUGGUGCUGCUUGGGGCCCUGACUCUGUGGGGACCCCUGAAGGGCUCUGGGUCCCUGUGACACAUGCACCUGCAUCUCCAACCACUUCUGACCCUGGGGAGAAUCCACACCUGUGGGAGGGUUUCCAAGCCCCACAGUUUAGCAUUGUGAUUUUUGCAAGUUUUGUCCAGGUCUGACUCUGGAAAACAUACACCUGUCCCAAGUGUUCUCUAAAUAAA